AUGGCCAAGAUCGCCUCUGCCACCGUCAAGAAAUACGCCAAGGUUGCGUACACGCGGUUCGACAUGUGCGUGAGCACGAUGUUCUCUCCGUUCGCCGGCGUCCUGUACACCGUCUCGGAGCUGGAGAACGGCUCUAGCAGCCGCAGCGGGUCAUCCUCGCGGCCUCCUUCCCGCUCCAGCAGCCGCGCCAGCAACGUCAGCAGCUCGGGCAGCUCACGGGGCGCCCGUUUCUAA